CAUGCCGUCAGAAGGUUUGACCACUCCAGGACACCAUAAUGCAAGAAGACCAGAGGGACGUCACAUCGUCUUUCAUUUCUGGAAACAUCAGUGCAACGGGUUGCCAUUAUGAUGGAGUCCCUCUCCUCGCUUUGCACCCCUGCUUUGGUGGUGGAUCUGGACAAAGUGAACAGAAAUGCACAGCGGAUGAUUGAACGCUGUCAAGAUUUGGGGGUCCAGCUUCGUCCUCACAUGAAGACCCACAAAACCCUUGAGUGUGCUGACAUUUUGACGAGUGGAUCACGGAGGUGCAUUGUGGUUUCCACACUGGCCGAGGCCUCUUUCUAUGCCGACCAUGGAUUUGAUGACAUCCUCUAUGCCUACUCUCUACCAUUUGAUAAGGUGGAGCGCUGUGCAGCACUGUCGGAGAGGCUGGAUCUCUUCCAAGUUUUACUGGAUCAUCCUCAUGCUCUUGAUCAGCUCAAAAAGAGACCACUGAAAGACGGUCGGCUGUGGCACGUCUGGCUCAAACUCGACUGUGGCAACGGGAGAGCCGGUGUCCUGCACUCUGAGCCUGAGGCGCUCAGAUUGGCUCUGGCCAUCGCCGGGACAGCGGGCAUGGAGCUCACGGGAGUGUACGCUCACUGUGGGAACACCUAUAACUGCCGAGGGGUGGAGCAAAUACAGGCUGUCGCAAAGGAAACCACUGAUUUGACCUUGCAGUUUAUGAAAAAACUGAGCGCUGCUGGCAUCACCUGCAAGUCCAGCAUUGGCUCCACUCCUUCCUGCAGCCACCCAGUCGAAGACAUGGCGCAGCUCAGUGAGGUGCAUCCUGGAAACUAUGGCUUCUAUGACGUGCAGCAGUCUGUGAUUGGCUCAUGUAGCCUGGAGGAUGUGGCUGUGAGGGUUUUGACGAGAGUCAUCGGACACUGUCCUCACAGGAACCAGCUCCUGAUUGACUGUGGAUGGACUGGACUCAGUCUAGAUGGAGCUGGAAAACUUCCCACUGGAUAUGCUGUGAUUGAGGGACACCCAAACCUCAAGUUGUUAUCUAUGACCCAGGAGCAUGGGAGAUUGGAGCCCAUCUCCGGUCCGCUGGACUACAGCAAAUACCCCCUGGGCUCUCUGCUCCAACUUAUCCCCUACCAUUCCUGUGCCACUGCAGCGAUGCAUCCUGUGUACUUUGUGCACUCUGAGGGCCGUCUGCUGGGGAAGUGGACACCAACACGCGGGUGGUGAACUAGCUAGCUCAAUGAACGCUAGAUGAUGGAAUUCUUGAAGCAACUCUUUUCACCUGAAGUUUAUUCAGUGUACGGGGAUUCCAAAACCUGUGUUUUAUUAACACAUAGUACUUUUGUAUACCUAUAGUUUGAAUAACAAAAAGCUCUUAGACUAUGUUUUCACCCCUCAUUUGAUCAGUCACCUAGCUGUGUUUAUUAAAGGAGUCGGAAUGACCAAGAUGGCAGCAAUUAAUGACAGUUUUCUGCUGCUGUGUGUGAGUACUCACUUCAGCCUGAAAGAAUAAAUACAAAUGCAAUGCA